AGCUUUUUUUCUUUGCAAUUUCGCUAGUUCGGGGCAAAAUAAAAAAAAGAUCACAACUCGUAGUUUUUACAGUUGUGCUCCUGUGACGCACGUUCUCCUGGCUGCAAAGCUGCUUUCGAUGAAGGAAGAAUUGUCAUUUUCUGAAGUAAGAAGCGGCUGCACAGAUCACGUCAUGGCGCCAUCAAAAAUGCCAGUGAAGAUCAUGAAGAGUUUAUCUGCAGGCCAGCCUGGUGGCUCGUCGUCGUCCUGGGCGUUGAGGUGGACAUUUUACAGCCUGGCCACCAUUUCCACCGGAGGACCUGUCGUCGCAUUAGGCUCCUCCGCCCCGACGUCUCAAGCGCAAUCUUAUCCGCCCCCGAGACGCACCCUCACAGGAGGAGCUGGCGGCGCUGUGCGAAAACCGCCACCGCCGGGUCGUGACAACAAGCUACAAGCUACAGCUCCAAGUAGACCUACAAGCGCCGUGACAACAACCUACAAUCUACCACAGGAGCAAGUUGUGCUUGAUCUGACCACUACCCCCACACCCAGCACCUUUUCAUCAACGAGCCAAACGAAAAUCGUUCUCCAGAACGACCACGGCCACAACCACUCCCGUGCCCUCCAGACCGACAACAGUGCGCGGGGCAGCAUCAGUGCCAUUUCCGCGCGGUCCUGGGCGAUCCGAAACGAUGAAGUGAUGGAGUACGGCUGGCGGAUCGCGGAGCUGAACUUUUACGAAGACGCCGCCUGCAGCAAGAAACUGGAGCCCGUUCGCAACGUGCAGGGACCCACGGACGUGGACUACGCGACCGCGAUUUCGUCUUCCAUGCGAGUCGUCCCGCCAAACUGCAUAUGCGUUUUUGCAUCCCAAGUAUCGUAGUGCUGCUGGUUUUCGCAUUUUUACAAAUUUUCCCAAGAAAGCGAAGGUCAAAGACACAGUUUGAGUUUGUAAUGGUGAUGCAGGUAAGAACAAUGGAAUGUUGAGAAUUAGUACGACUGCGAUACUUCUUACUUUUGCAAGGGAUACUGCCCCGGCUGGAGCCCGAAUGUGGAGAACAAAGCGUACGAUGUAUUCUGUUCAAAAACAUCCCCAGUCCAGAGCUGUCAUGCAGGUUUGUAAUCACAGGAAUGCUUGUAAUGCGCAUCCCCAUCGAGAGGCGCUUUCCAUAGUAUUUUGGCAUUUGUCAUUCUGGAAACAGGAUCAGGAGAUGGAUUUGUCAUGCGGAUGCACUUGCUAACCUGCACUACCAUACAGAGAGAAACUUGUCAUGCUUGACUCCCGGGGGGGACGGCGUCUUCGGGUUGAUCAAUAUGAUCACCCACGCCCCCCUUGCACAGCAUUGUGAAUCUAAUUGUAAUUUGCUUGCUGUUGCUUUGUAUGAUUUGUAUGACUCCUCAUUAAAAAGCUUUUGUAUUAUUUCGUUUCGUAAUUGGCUGCAAAAGAAAAAGAUCGUAUGGCUUCGUAUCGUCAAAGGAAAGGAGAAAAAGCUCGCAUUACUUCGUAUCGUAUUGCCUCCGAAGGAGCUUGAUCGCAAAUUCGUACGCUCCUCAUGCUGAAAGGUCCGAUCUUCCCUGCUGCUCCCUCCCGCGUUCCCACGUAGAUAUAGGUCUCUACCCUUUUACUUCCUCCUUGUCGUCUCGCUUACUUCUGGAAUCCUUGUAGCGCUAGGUAGCGGAUCCCGCAUGGCUUGCAGGGGCAGUUGUUUCUUUUUUUUCCGUCUUGCCAGCGGGCUGAUCGGGGUGGGCAGAUAGAUGCUAACUAUAGUAUACAUGGUCGCCAUUUGCAUUUACUUUACGUUUACGGCCAUACCUUCACAGCUUGCCGGUGCUAAUUACAUAGUUUUCUCUCUCGAGGCCUUCUCUCCUCGUUCCUCAUUUUCUCCUUUCCCUUAACUUUUCGCUGGUCUAUCAAUUAUCCGGCCUUCACCCCGGGUCCCAGCUGUUCGCGUUUUUCCUCCCGGCUGCUGUGCUCCUGUGUACCAAUGUUAUUUAUCGUUUGGGCCUUCGCUCCCGCUUUUCUAGCUAUUUUACUGUACUUACUACAUCCGUGUUUAAGCUCCUGUCUACCUACACACACUUUUCAACCCUUCGGGGGGGAGGCCUUCAUCCCUCCUUACAUAUCUUCUUGUUUCUUUCUUCUUGUUUCCGUCGGUCGCGCAUGUGCGAUGUUACCUGCUCGGAGUCUUUUGUUUUCCAUGCGACUCCGCAGCCUCCUUGCACAGGUUUGUCAUGAUUGUCUCUUCAAGUCUGAUGACUUGAUUUGGUGCACGCACAUUCGAGAUCGGUGGGGCGAGGGAGGGACUCAAGCCAAAAAAAAAAAUUCACCUGAUACACAAUGUCCCGCCCGUAGUAGCACAGUCUGUUUAUGUCAUGCUUGACUCCCAAAACUUCUGGACUUGUGUUGCAGACUUCCCAACUUGAUCAGGGGUGGGGACGUUUUUACACAGGAUGCGACGGCAUGCAAAACACGUUUUGGCAGUCGCGGUGCUGCCCCUGCCGGCGGUGGGAGGCGUACCUGGGCGCGGAUUUCGGGAAGCCGGUGGUGCUGCGCUGCAUCGUGAUCAACCAGUCGUCCAACCGCGAGUACGCCGCCCGGGCCAUCGCGGUUUCGAAAGAGCAAAGCAUCCCGGACCCGAUCACGGGCACCUUGUGGACGGUGGUCACCUCCUUCAACGACGUGCCCCCGGGGCACUACAUGGGGUUCACGGGGAUCGAGGCCGGGCAGGUGUAUGGAAGCGUCAGGUUUGAAAUCGACAAAGUUGAAAUGAUUUGUCAUGCAUAAAAUGCAAGGCAUGAAGUGCCUGUCUUGCUGGCAUGGCAAGUGAGGCAGAUUGUGAGCCUAUUUAGGGUUUGCGAUAGAGCUGCUAAAGGAGCAUGACAAAAGCUGUCUUCAUCUGUGCCCAAACAGCAUGACAAAUUGGAUUCCGGUGCUCCUAAAAUUGAUAUUUACAUUGCUUGACUUCCGGGUUCUGGUAACGCAUACCCCCGGCGACAGGUGACCUUGACAGGUGACCUUGACAGGUGGUCGUGACAGGUAGGCGCGACAGGUGGCCGCGACAGGUGGCCGCGACUGACAGGUGAGCGCGACAGGUGAACGCCCUUCCCCCACUAGCGUUUUGCGCACUAAGCCACUAUGCGCGCGCCUGGUGUGAGGCGAGGGGCGGACGCUGUCCGCCCCGAUGCCGAACACCCCUCCCCCACUAGUGCUUCGCGCACUAAGCCACUAUGCGCGCGCCUGGUGUGAGGCGAGGGGCGGACGCUGUCCGCCCCGAUGCCGAACACCCUUCCCCCACUAGCGCCACUAGGGAUGGGCACAAGGCCCCAGUGUGGGGACCCUGUCCCCACGCGUGGACCUUGUUUGUCAUGCACCGCUUGGAAGUUGGGCUUCCAACUGGUAUCGAUUGUAUGCAUGACAAACUAUUUCAACUUUGACGAUUUCAAACCUGGCACAUCCAUAAGGUGACCCUGGACUUCAUCCGCACGCCGGGGAAGCACUGCUACGGCGAGGUGUACGGGCCCGUGUUCCAAAACGUGCCCGACGCGAUAUGCAAUGCAAAAGCAUCGUACUAGUAUAAAUUGCAUUACAAAAAGAAAAACAAAUUAGCCCAGCAUUACAAAUCGAAUUUGUAACGCUGUUUCACCUUGAAAAAGGGAUUUCGAUUUGUAAUGCAUAAACGCAAUUACUACGAGUACGAUACUUUUGCACAGGAUACGCGAUCUCCGCCUGCAAUGUGGACUCCAGUUGCCAGGGCGUCUACGAUCGCAGCUGCGACCGGCUGCCGGUCCUUGUCACGCUGGAAAAGCCCAAGGACUACGAAUAUUUGAAAACGUCCCUGGUGUUGAAACAGCAAGAGCCGGAGAUGGGGGAGCACGACCCGAGCCGGAAGAACGUGUACUACCAGCCGGAGUUCCGGUGGGAGCUGGCCCAAAACCACAUCGUGAGCGAGAUGCAGUCCGCGCCCAAGGGGGCGCGGCUGGACCGGCUGGUCGUGUCCUCGUCGACCGGUGCUAUCACCACCCAGGAAAUCGAGAACGUGCUCCCCGCCACGCUGCCGGCCUACCCCGCGACGCUGCAGUUCAGCAUGCGGCCGCUGUACAGCAGCAUCCGGUUGUGCCGGCGGGACCGCCCGCUCGGGGAGACGACCGAGGGUAGCUGCGUGUUUGUGAAAACGGGCGCGCUGACCGAUUUCGUGCAGCUGGGGAAUUACCAGGUGCACCUCCCCGACGCGCGCGAGAUGGCCGCCGCCGCGGACAUGUACGCAUUGCAAAAGAAUCGCGCUUCUAGGAGAAAUCGCUUGACAAAUUCCCUCAGCUUGAAAAACGGAAUUUCAAUUUGUAGUGCUUUUUAGGUUAGGAAGUCGAUUUGUCAUGCAUAAAAGCAAUUUAGUACGAAUGCGAUACUUUUGCGAUGCAUAACAUGAACCCCGACACGAUUUUGGUUUACCGCGGGCGCGAAGACGACCCGGCGGUGUGUGCGGAGCGCGCGAUGACCUUCAACGCCAACAUCUUCGAGUUUUUGAUUCGCGAGAAGGGGGUCACGGCAACGACGAAUUGCAACGUAUACAAGCUGCCGCCCUUUCUCCCGCCGACGGGGCUGGCGAGGACGGACGGAGUUUUGAACAUCAUCGAUUUGUACUACUACCGGAAUCAGACCUUUGCCACCACUAUCAAAUGCAAAAGUGUCUGGGUCUGGAAGAUUUCUAGAUUUGUCAUGCAUAUUUUCGAUGACCCGUGAUGUCUGUGAUGCAUGCCGUAGCAUCACAGAUUUUUAGAGCGCUUUGUGAUACCUCUGCAGCGUGAGAAAUACCCUUUCCGCGUAGCACGAACUACCUAGAGUCCUCUUGCUCUUGCUGGUCAUGCAACACAAUUUUUUUCAGAAUCCAGAGACAGCAUCACAAGUUUAGAAUGUUCCAGACCCAGACGCUUUUGCAUUUGAUAACCACCACGCCGCCACCACUGCGCCUGCGCACCAGCUCCGCGCUGCGCAGCGGCGAGAGGGUCCUGCAGAACUCGGCCUUCCGGUUUCUACUUGUCAACUUUGUCUUCGUCACGCUGGGUAUCAACAGGAAAAGUGCUAAUAAAUGUUAAUGCCUUUCACAGAGACCGUGACAGAUCGCAGUAAUGCGUGACAGCUAAAUUUUUGCGAGCACGCAUGCUAUGCAACAUAAAUUGAAGGUUGGUUCUGCAUGUUAGUUUAUCAUGUUGAUGGGUAACUGCAUCGAAAAUUCCGUCAACGUUAGCGCUUUUUCCUGCGAUAUUGAGAACGGCCUCGAUGUCGGGGGCCUUUACGAUCGGAUGGGGAUAUCUGUAGGCAGGGACUGGCUCGGGGAGCAGUGCUGCUGCAAUAUAUCAGAAAUUCUUCUUUUCAGAAGCACAAGGCUGUGCCGUAGUUUGUCUCAGAGUUUCCCAGGUUCAGAUUGUAAGUACGCAGAUGUCACCGAAGCGAGCUCUUGUUUUAUCUUUUACGAUGUAUCAUUGUUCAUCUACUUUCUUUCUCUAUUGUGUUUGUUGUCUAUUUCCAUUUUCUACAUUUGUUUCACUGACUUGCCGUUGCCCAAAGAGGAAGUUCGUCUCGACGACUUGUUGCCUUUGUGGUCUACUAUGCAUUUACUAGCUGCUUCCAUCCUUCAAAAAUGUAUCUACGAUUGAGUCAGAGGUACGUCUGCAAUAACGGACCUCACGUUCUUUAUCCUCUAAACCUUGCAUAGCAUAAAAGCAUAAAGCAUUUGCGUUUUACCAUUUUCAUUUUGCGAUGAUAAGUUCAUCUUCAACAUUCAUUUUCAUGCAUUGUCAUCUCCUUGGGAGGGGCCGAGCUCGGACUGUCUGUAUACCAAGUUCAACACAUGGACUACAUUUUAUUUGUACCUCACAUCUUGACACACACCGGAUCGCAUUCUUGCACAAAUAAGUUGGAUCGAAAACUACUACACAAAAGACCUAAAGGU